AAUAAUUCACUCAUUUGUGGGGCCACCGUAAACAUGCCCACAGCGGGGCGUGGCAGUCGCCAGUCGGUCACUAUCCGGCGUCGAGAGCGGUCGUGCCGCGUUUCACCCCGUGCGUACUCAAAGCCGCCAAGAUUUUCGACCGGCAAUACCACUCACCCUCCAAGGUGUUAAAGUUGGAGGACGACCCUUGGGGGUCAUGUGCCAUGUACUCCCCGGACAAGAUGAAGUCGGGCGGGGGGCUCAUGGGGCCCCCCGGCUGCUUCCCGGGCCGGUACAGCCCGACGUAUCGGAGCCCGGAUCCGAGGCGCUGCGUGCCCAAUCCUUCUAGCCGGAUACUGGAAGAUGCGUCACUGAUGUGUAACUCCUGGUCUCCGAGACACAAUGGUGACCUCUUUGGUGGUCUAAACGACGGCCUCCUCAGCCGCGCAGAGGCCCUCGCGGCGGUAGACAUCAGCAAACACCAGAGCGGACCCCAGCCCGGACCCUUGCCGCAGCUCAAACAUGACAUGGUGUACCACCAUGGGGUCGGCGGACCACCGCCGCAUAACGCUAGACCACAUCAGCAUUUCUUCUCACAGAUGGGCCACCACGGCAUGGAGAGUCUCGACAUGCUUGACCCGCUCAGCUCCUCAUCCAUGACCACCCUAGCACCCAUGGGAGAGGUCGCGCCCCCACACCACCAGCUGCACGGCUACGGGAUGAACCAUGUCAUGAAUCAUCACCACCACGCAGGGUCCUUAGGGCACGCACCACCAGCUCAUCUAGCUCACCCGUCAGCCGCUCUUCAUCCAGAUACAGACACAGAUCCAAGAGAGCUUGAAGCUUUUGCAGAGAGAUUCAAACAGAGAAGGAUUAAAUUGGGAGUAACUCAAGCAGACGUCGGGAAAGCACUAGCGAACCUGAAGCUACCUGGUGUUGGAGCGCUCUCCCAAAGUACUAUCUGCCGCUUUGAAAGCCUUACUCUAAGUCAUAACAACAUGAUCGCUUUAAAACCGAUCUUACAAGCUUGGUUGGAAGAAGCAGAGGCCCAGGCGAAGAACAAAAGACGGGACCCCGACGCGCCCAGCGUCCUUCCUGCUGGCGAGAAGAAACGCAAACGCACAUCCAUAGCGGCACCAGAGAAGAGGAGCCUCGAAGCGUACUUCGCUGUCCAACCACGCCCUUCCGGAGAGAAAAUAGCAGCGAUCGCGGAGAAACUUGACUUGAAGAAGAACGUGGUAAGGGUGUGGUUUUGCAAUCAGCGGCAGAAACAGAAGCGGAUGAAGUUCGCCGCGCAGCACUGACCGGGGGGGGGCGGCGCGGCGCUGCUCUACCCGGGUACCGGGUACGGGUACUAGCCGCCCGCGACACCUUACCCGGUCUCCCCCUGGGGUCGACCACUCGUAAGCAAUAAUAGUUUCGAUCUCAUUCCUUUAACACAUCUCAAUUCGUAGCGUAGCUCCUUUUGUAUUCUCAUAUUAUAUUUUUCGAGACACAGGGUAUAUAUUCGAUUAUAUACAUAUCAUUACAGUAACUAGAGGUCGCUUCACCGUAUCAUUUCUGCUGUUUUGAUGUUUUACCAACAUCUUGUACAUGAAAAAUUGAAAUUCAGGAUUUUAAAGAGAAUGUGCCUUGCAAAUAUCAAUAUUCUGUGUUUAAUGUUAAAGUGACUUGAACGCCGUGUGGCGUCGCGUCGGCAGUGGCGCCGGCCACAGGCGGUAGCGGGGCGGGAGCGAUCCGCUCUUCGCUCGAGCCGUACGUGGAUUGGACAAGUAAAAUGUUAGAAGAAGCCUUAUUAGAUGCGAUCAAAAGCAUGAACAAAAUUUAACAAAAUCGCAACGUGGUACCUAAGAAAAAGUUUCUUUAUUAACUAUUAGAAACACGAAGGAAAUGUUAAUGUUUUUAUUAUUAUAAAGUCUUCAUAUUACUUGUCUAAUUCGAUUAAAUUCGAUCAAUUCGUUAGUUCUGUUCUGAUACUAUAAAACUGUAUAAAGUUUAAUUAAGGGUAUACUUUCAAUUUUAGUUGUUAGUAUCCAGUAGUCAUGAUUUAACGAUCAUUUAAUAUUAAAAGCAUUUCACGAAAGGCACAAUUAAAUUAGCUUAAGAAGUUACUAGUGACAUUUAGCCAAAAUAGUUUUAAAAUUUCAUUUGUAAAUAACACAUUUCGAUCUAAUAGGCAUUUAGAAUAGUUAUAUAAAUAAUUCAAGUGAAUUAGUACAAGGCGGGAUUCGUGCUGUGCAUUUCAAGCAUGCCAAAAAUAAGUGUAUGAUAGUUUUGAGGCCAAAUCUCCGGACAUUUGAUGGAAGUUUUCUUUCUUAACCAAUUGUUAAGGCAG